AUGACGUACGCCUCAGAAGCAGAGGGAAACAUGGGCGUUGGCAUUGGAGGACAAGCCGUCCUGAGGCUGACAAAGAACCUCGCUCCAGGACACGUGUUGUACUUCGACCGGUACUUCACAACGCUUUCACUUCUGAAAGUGCUACUUGAAAGAGGUUUUGGUGGUACGGGCACAGUGAUGAUGAACCGUGUGCCUGGAGCACUGAAGACAAAGCUGCCCACCGACAAGAAACUGAACGAGAAAGGCUGUGGGACUCACAUUCAGGUGGUUAGUAGUGACACACCCAUGUGCUUCGUAAAGUGGAUGGACAACAAGGCUGUACACAUGGUUUCCACUGUGGACUCCGCCAGCCCAAGUGAUACCUGUCAAGAAUGGUCAAAGAAGGACAACAAACACAUUGAAGUGUCACGCCCAGCCAUCAUUGCCAGGUACAACACCAACAUGGGGGGAGUCGACCUUUCGGACCGUCUCCUUAGUUACUUCCCUCUGAGGUCUCGGACGUCGAAGUGGACUGUGCGCUUCACCUUUCACAUGGUUGACUUAGCGUUGGCCAACUCGUGGUUCCAGUACCGGGAGGAGAAGUUUGCUGGUAAUGCACCGCAGAAAGACAUCCUACAAUCUUUUGACUACAAAAUGAACGUCGGCGGGGCCCUUCUCACAGGGGACACACUACUGGGAAAGCGAAGCCCUCCUGAAGAUGCUGCUGAGCCACCAGCAAAGAAGCAAGCAGGUGCCCUUCCCCCGAUGGUAGAAAGGUGUAGGAAUGCUGGGCACAUGCCAGAGGUGGCUGAUAUCAGUGCCGGUUCUUUUGCUCGCUGCAGGAAGCCGGGUUGUAGUGCUCGCUGCAGAGUUCGCUGCGGCACUUGUGGUGUUUUCUUGUGCCUUGUCGCCGGACGAAAUUGCUUUCUUGACUUCCACUCAUAG